AUGGCGCCAAACAAGCAGCAGGAAGUCAUUCUCUAUCAUUAUAGCUACUCGCCUUUUGCCAAGAGGGUAGUAUGGUAUUUGAAUCUUCGAGCAAUUCCAUACACACAAUGCGCCCAACCGCCCGUAAUGCCACGUCCGGACGUAUCAGCGAUCGGCACCAAUUACCGCCGGAUCCCUAUCAUGUCCAUCGGGCGAGACAUCUACAACGACACCCGGCUCAUAAUCCAAAAGCUCGAGACCUUCUACCCGGCGUCGCCCACUCACCCACCCCUUUCUAGCAACCCUGCUCAAGAAAAGCUCCUCGAAGGAUGGGUGAUCGACGGCGGACUAUUCGCCCGAGGCAGCCAAUUGCUACCGACGGACUUGCCGCUGUUGAAGGAUGAGAAGUUCAAGAAGGACAGAGAACAGAUGUCAGGACGCAGCUGGAACCAGGAAGAUUUAGAGCGAGCUCGGCCGGAAUCGCUGGUUUAUAUGCGGGAGCAAUUUAAGUUUGUUGAGGAGCAGAUUCUGGCCGAUGGGCGGGAUUGGGUAUUGGGGAGUGGGAAGGGGCCGGGUUUGGCUGAUAUCGAAGCGGUCUGGGUAUUCUACUGGCUCGUCGACCUCCCAGGAGCUCUGCCAGCAAACCUCAUCUCUGCGCAACAAUUCCCCAAGACAUUCGCGUGGAUCAAACGUUUCGACGCCGCCGUCAAAGCCGCAGCUAAAAAAGAGGGGAAGCCAAAAACUAUCAAAGGUCCUGAGGCCUUGGAUAUUGUCUCCAGGUCGGAGUUUGCGGAGGCAGAAGCGCUGGUUGAUAGCAGUGACCCUACGGGGCUGAAGAAGGGCCAGGAGAUUCGGGUCUGGCCAACUGACUCGGGCUUCUCGCAUAAGGAUAGUGGGAAGUUGGUCGGACUUGAUGGUAAGGAGAUUGUGAUUGAGAAGAAGAAUAAGAGCGGGAAGACGGUGAGGGUUCAUGCGCCUAGACACGGAUUUAGGAGCGAUAGCAUAGCUGGACUCGGCCAUCCCCAAUACCGCAUCCCGUCAUAUCUCCCACAACUCUCCCUCGUUGCUGCGACGAUCGACGCUCGCUCGCUGCCAGUGACUCGCAAGUGCGCCAGUACUCACCGCGCUGAAGGCAUUGAUCUCCUUUGCGACUUUGCAUCUCUCGCCGUCAAGGGGUGGAUGAGCGUUGCCACCUCUCUGCAGCAGUUUCUUUCUUCCGCCACCCUCACCUCAUCUCACCCCAUCCCCAUUCUCGACGGCAGUCCUCGCGCUCCACAUAAAUCAUCGACCCUCGAAGAACAAGCGCGAUCCUCGACAAUCCCUCCGGGUGAAGGCGAAGAAGGGACACACUCGCUCGAGUCUCCCGGCGGGCUCCCAGGCACUGUCGCUGUCACUGGCACUGGCACUGGCUGGCACCCCGCUGCCCUCGUCUCUAACGACCAACGUCAUCGUUAUCGUGUCCGCAGACACCACCACCGCCCUCAAACAUAUCCCUCCACCCCCCGAAUCCCGUUCCCCAUCAUGGCCACUUCAUCGCCGGAAGCUGCGAAGAAGGGUGAUACUAAGUCUCCCGUACAGUCCACACCAGACCCUCCGCCGCCAUCAAGUACAGUUACAUCGUCGCCGCCCAUCGUCAUUGUUACUGGCGCCGAGUCCGAUGCGACAGCCAAUGUCCACUACGAUCGCAAGUCAAUGACGGUCGUCAAGACUUACCGUUCGCUCCGUGUCUCUUAUCUCUUCUAUCCCGUCAUGCUCAAGACAUACAAUGCUAACGUCUGUUUUAAACGUCCAGCUCCCGACCCGAAGCAGGGAGAGGCACCCAAGCAGGAAACAUCCAAUGCGGACCCCCUCGGGCCUCCUCCUAAACCUGCCGUGGCGCAACCAGUCCCAAACACCCCCGACUACUUCUCCGUCAACCACAGCCUCAUCCAAAACGAAACAAAUCCCUUCGAAGCCUCCUUUGCCUUUGGUAGCGGUUCGAAUGGUGGAGGUGCGCAAACACCUGGCGGCACGACACUUCCAUCUGUCGCUUCGCUGACUUCACCGGCGGGUAUACUGGGCACCGGGGCGACGCCGAACUUUUGGGGUGGCCUCCGUUCAGGCCCCCUAAGUCCCGCGAUGCUAUCAGGUCCUCAGAAAGGGGACGACUACUUUAGUGACGGGCAUCACCUUCGAGGCGGAUUCCCCACGCCAAAUGAAUCGGGCCUCCGAUCUGGCCUCACUCCAGGUGGCAGUGGAUCUAUGUUCCCUGAGCCAAGUCCCAAUUCACAAGCACUGUUCAGUCAACUCGCAAGUGGAGGCGCUACUCCUACCACACUAGACUUCCACCGAACUGCCAUGGCGGCCGCGGCUUCUCAGAAGAGAGACACCGGCCAAGCUCAACAGAGCGUCACAUCUCAACCGCAAGAUAUUACGACUAAUGGCCUCGACGUUAAGCCUCCGGUAACGGGCCAGUUUGAUCAACACGAUGCCAAUGACGCAGCCAAUGGACUCUUCCUACUCGCUCAAGCCCGCAACGGCCCUCAACCAACAAAUCAUUACGCUAGAGCACCUCAGAUGCCUGUACAUGCUCAUCCUGCUCCAGCCAUGCCGGCGGCUCCAAGUCAACCCCCCAACGCGUCGCCACAUAUGGCAAACCGGCAUAACGGUUCCAUAAGUACUACUUCUGGUCGAGGUGUAAGCGAGAUCAGCGCCGGUUUCUCUGAUGAUAAUGAGCAACAGAAUAAACCCAAGACCCGGGGACGGGGAAAGAGGGCCGCGACUCAAUCACAAACAAACGGUCGGCGGAAGGCCGAUGAAGCUCCAUCAAAAGCUCCAGCAAAUAAGAAGGCGAAAGGUAAUAAUGGAAAUGCUAUGGAGUCAGAGCCUCAUUCUGAAGAGGAACCGGAUAUGAGCAAAGACGAAUAUAAUGCCAACGGCAAGAAGAUGACUGAUGAGGAGAAACGGAAGAACUUUCUAGAAAGGAAUAGGGUUGCCGCAUUAAAGUGUAGACAGCGCAAGAAACAGUGGCUUGCAAAUCUACAACAGAAGGUUGAGCUCUUUAGUACUGAGAACGACCAGCUCAGCCAACAAAUCUCCCAGCUACGGGAAGAGAUCGUCAACCUGAAGACCAUUCUCAUUGCCCACAAGGACUGCCCCGUGUCUCAGCAACAAGGCCUCGGAGGCAUGGGCAUGCAACAGUUCAUCGAUGGAUAUGGCGGCCAGAUCAACCCGUACGGCAUGGCUGCGGCUAUGGGAGGUCAACAGGUCAUGGCCGCUGGCCAAGGCCUACAAGACAGACGGUUUCCAUAA